UGCUUUUGUGCAUUGUGCUAAGAUUGAGAGACUAGUGCAUUGUGAGCCUCACUCAGAGGCUGGUCGAAGUGAACAAAGAAAAAAAACCGUUGUGUGUGAAGAUAUAACAGAAAACGGACGAGUACUCAUGUAUUUGACUAUCGUGCAACGUUUGUGAUGCCUGCUAGCGUUUAUUCCGAAAUGACUACUACUAGCAGCGCGCUAGAGGAUCAGCGCGCGUUACAGCUAGCUUUUGAACUGUCUAUGCUUGCACUUAAUGGUGAGGAUGAAUCGUCUUCUCCCCCUCUCCCUUCCACAACGUUCGAAGAGGCACACAUGAGAGCCAGGAGUGCUAAUACUACUGAAUGUGUGCCUGUACCUAGCUCGGAACAUGUAGCAGAAAUAGUUGGAAGACAAGGCUGUAAAAUCAAAGCUCUACGAGCCAAAACCAACACUUACAUCAAAACCCCAGUACGAGGAGAGGAACCUGUGUUCGUGGUUACAGGAAGAAAAGAAGAUGUCGGUCUCGCGAAACGGGAAAUAAUAUCAGCAGCAGAACAUUUUAGCCAAAUCCGAGCGUCUCGGAGAAAUAGUAGUGUGUCUAGUGUUUCUAGUAAUGGAUCUAACUUAACCCCUGGUCCUCCAAGUCCCAAUGCUCCGGGUCAAAUCACAAUCCAGGUGCGUGUUCCGUAUCGUGUUGUCGGAUUAGUGGUUGGUCCGAAAGGUGCUACAAUCAAACGCAUUCAGCAACAAACACAUACCUAUAUUGUAACACCCAGUAGGGAUAAGGAACCAGUUUUCGAAGUAACAGGACUACCUGAAAAUGUUGAAAAAGCCCGACAUGAAAUCGAGAGUCACAUAGCAUUGCGAACUGGUGAUUUGGUAAAUGGAGUAAAUGGCUUCAGUACGUAUGACAACGAUGAGGGAAUCAGCUCCCCUUCCUAUGACCCGUUUGUUCCCCCUACCUAUCCAUGGACUGAUUUAGGUGACAAUUUUAACUCGCUAGUCUCUUUAAUGAAUGGUAACUGUUCACCAGCUGAUAGCAGUUCCCGUAAUAAUUGUUGGUUUAUUGGAGGAGUACCCACCACAAGAACAUCUCCAUCUUUACCAGAAAGCGGCACACAAAGUCAGGGCAGCGGCUCACCCAGCAAUAUCUCUCCAGUUCCUGGGGAUCAUCCCACCGUACGAAGAAUCCGCAGUGACCCACUUAGCAAUGGAUUAACAAAUGGUAUCACCAAUGGUACAUGCAUCACAGGUUUGCCUACCAACUUUGGUUCUACCUCCAACCUUGAACGCCCUUCCUCCACCAGCCCCAUACUGGAUGCAAACGGUGUAGUGCGUCCACGCAGACAUUGUCUUAUUUGCUCAGAAAAUGAAGUGGUUGCAGCCCUGGUACCAUGUGGUCACAAUCUGUUCUGUAUGGAGUGUGCCUCAACAAUAGUAGGUAAACCUCUGGCUGAAAGAUCUUGUCCAGUAUGUCAGCAGCCUCCAUCUCAGGCCAUUCGCAUCUUCUCGUGAUCUUUAUAUCAUCUACAUCAUGACAAAAACAUGAGAUUACCUAUCAUUUCUACCUGACACUGCCUUAAUGUGGGGCUACCUACUUUCACUUUGGCUGUUCAGCUUUGUGCCUGUAACCAUCCCCUUCUACUGGAUUCUUACUGGCACAAACUGAAAUGAUUACAACACAGCUUAUAAUGAAGUCAGCAAGACUUCCUAUUUUUAGUGCCAAAAUAAUUCCAAAUCCUUUUUAUGAUCACUACUAGAAUGUAGGAAAGUAGAGGUUGCUAUUUUUGGCAGUGGUAUGGUGAUUUUACAUACCCAUUUAUCGAUGUUGAAACAAAAAAGUAUCAAAGAUAUCUCUAUUAAUAUUGAACGUGCAAAUUGAAUGGAUAUAUAUAGAUAUAUAAAUAUAAAAAUGUAUAUAUCCUAAAGUAUUAUAUUAAUAUUGAGAGUAUUUUAUUCUAUAUGAUUUGUGUAUGUUAUUAUUAAAUGUAAUAUAUAUUAAUAUAUUGUGUGGUGUUAAGAUGUAACACCCUAUGUGUUCGGUGUCCCAUUCUCUAUGUGAGAAACUAUCAAACAAUUAACUAAAUAUUAUAUUAUUACUAGACUCUGGAAUGAUGGCAUUAUACCACUGGAUUCUGAUAUUUUUAGUGCUUUGUUGCAGUUGAUGAAAUGUUUGUUAUUGCAGUUUUCUUAUAUCCAUGUAUACUCUAAUUGAUCAGUAAUUGUUCAACUAUGCAUAUUAAUGACUUAAGGCAGCCCUGAUAUUGUCAAAAGGACCCCACAACCUUCAUGACUUAAUACAUCCACAUAUAGUUAACUAUUUUUACCAUAAAGAAAAAUAAUAGAUCAUUGUUUCAUCAUCUUCAUAAUAUUUACCUCUUAACAAGAUCAGGUCAAAGGUCAUCCCCCAAAUUAUAAUAUAAACCACAUGAACUUAAUAUCAAUGAUUGACUGAUACUUCCAAUACAAAGUGUAUAUAUGGGCAUAGGAAACUAUUUAUUUUAAUUCUCUUGUUAUGUAUUGAGCAUAAUUAGACAAAUGAAAUUAUUAAAAAAAACGAUUUAAACGAAGAAUAAAGUAUAUAAGGACAUCAUUCCAGAUAAUUUAUCAUAUAUAUGGUUCAAUAUAUAUAUGCAUUUGUUAUACAAAAGUCUUAUAUAUGUCAGAAUGACUGUGUUCGGUUGAUUUAUGUUCUGAAGAAUGUUCGCAACGUGAGAUUCUUUUUAAAUUAUAUUUUAUCCUGCAAGACAUAUUUUAUAGAUUAUAAAAUAAGAAAAAAAAAUCUAUAGACUUUAUUUUAUUCUAUAUGGUGUAUUUGUCCAAGCUGGGCAUAUGUGUUAUGUGAUGAGAAAUUUGUUUAAGCUUUUGAACAUUUGUAUAAAUGGAUUCUCAAAGUGAACAAAACCUAAAUAUGUUGCACAUUAAUAGUUUAGAAUUUUCUAUUUUAAUAUUAUUAUUUACUAUUUGAAUGUAUAUUGUAGACGUUUAAGAUUACCAAUAUAACGUGAACAAAUUAAAGAUAUUUUUAUUUUAAAGACCAAAAAUAUUGGUCUGUACUAAUAUUAUAUUUGCUGAAACUCAAUUAUAAAAGAUGUAAGAGUUUUAUUUUUCUGCCAUUAAAGUAAAGUCUAAAAAUAG